AUGUCGAGCUCUCCAAAGUCCGCUCGAUCGCCUACAACCCUUACCUCCCCCACCCUCGCAUCCCGGCGGACCUCCACCACACCUCGGAAGCCCCCGAGUAACGUCCGAGCGGCACCAUAUAUGGUCGCGCUAUCUGGGUGGCCAGAGCCGGUCUAUAUAGACAGUCAAGGGGUGGGGGCGGUACGCGGAGCGAGAUCAAGGUCUGGGACGCCCAGGGGAAGCAUCAGCGGCCCGAGCGGCGAGGCGGCAAAGACGUAUGGGGGGAUCGAGAAGGUGGAGGCGGUAGUGAGCGUGAAUGAGGCGGCGAGAAGAGUGGAGGGAGGUGCAGGGCGAACAUCGAGACCAAACACGCCAGGCGCCGGUCCAACUAUCACGGAGGCCCUAUACCCUUACCUCUACGCUAAUACACGUCGGGGAUCCCGACCACCUACACGACCCGGAUCCCCGACUGAGCCAGCACCCGCACCCGCCGCGGCAGCUCCUUCCCAUCAUGCGCCUAUGGCUCCGCCCGCCUCAACAUCGGCGCCCGUACCCACCAUCAUCGCCUCCCCUCCUCCCAAAUCAACGCCUCGCCCUUCCCCAUCACCCUCGUCAUAUCGGCCAAAAUUUGCCGACCCCCGCUUUACCCCACACGCCGCCUUUCUAGGGAAGCAAGGCGGUCAUUUGCGGGUCGUCCCUAGCUGGAACGACUCUGCUCCAACCCCAGCGGCAGCUCGGGUCCUCUUGAGCAGGCAUGAGGCUCCACCCGUGUACUCGUCCAUCCGCACGCAGCACCCUGCGGACCCGGAGGCUUCGGAGAGCGAGGCGGAGGGCAAUGGAGACGGGGAGUCGUUCGCGCGGCGGGUGGAUACGGCCGCGGGGGUUGGGGGGCGGAUACUACAUCUAGGCACGAUCAACGGGAGGACCUUACCGGCGAUCAUGCGCUCGACGCCCGAGGUGUAUCCACCACCUCAAGCGCACGCGGCGAGCAGGAGAGCGGGCGGGAUGGUGCCAGAUGGGGCGGUGGGGGUCGUGACGGAGGUGUACCAGCGGGACCCGGAGAGUAUGCACCUCUGGCCGGGGAUAAAAGGAUCAGACGGCGGUGCGGGGAGUGGGAGCGGAGGAAAUCACAUACCUACCGUUCGGCACGUCCCAAAUCCAACUCAGCUCGAUCCUCGGAUCCGGGAGCACUAUAACUCGGCGUUGGGCUCAGAGAAGCGUGAAGGGUGGACCCGGCCGGAUGGCGGGGACGAGUCGAGGGGAAAUGGGGAGGAGGAGGGUGUGGAAAGGUCACAGGGAGAAGAGGGGAUGGUAGUGGAUUGA